GAUUAAUUAAAUCUGGACUUCAUUGGAGGGGGGAAGGAACAACUAUUGCUUCCUCGCCGUGACGAACACUCCUCGAGAACGCACCAACACACUUCCACUCUGCCCAUUCGCCGCCGGAAGCCGACGAGACGUCCGGAGAUCGCCGGGGAAUAAUCGCCUGGAGGAGGCUAGUAGUUUAGAUUGAGAGACUAUCGAUUUUCGAAAAUUGUUUUGCGGAUUGACGGAUGGAGGAGCUGGCGACGGCGGCCGGAGUGUACACGCCGAGGACGAUACAGGCGUGGAGAACGCUCCUUAACUGGAUUACGUUCUUCUUCCAGAUCUUCGCUCAGAUCCUGCGCGGUACGCCGUCGUUUACUCAGGUUCUCUCCUACGUUGGCUUCCGUCAUGGCUACUCGCUCUCCUCCGCGCCUCACGCGCCGUCGGAGUUCAAGCCUAUUCCGGUGGUGGAGCUGACGGAGUUCGAGGAACAACUGGAAGAGGCGCCGCCUUGUCCUGCGGUUUCAGUCGCCGGUGGCGACCGGAAGACGGACGAUUCUCCGCCUUUGGAGAAGCUAACGGUGGUUCUUGAUUUGGAUGAAACCCUGGUAUGUGCAUAUGAGACGUCGAGUAUGCCAGCUCUUCUACGAACUCAAGCCACUGAAGCUGGGAUAAAAUGGUUUGAACUGGAAUGUGUCUCAUCUGACAAGGAAUUUGAAGGCAAGCCAAGAGUCAAUUAUGUGACAGUGUUUGAACGUCCUGGCCUGAAAGAAUUUUUAAAGCAACUCGGGGAAUUUGCUGAUCUUGUGUUAUUUACGGCUGGACUUGAAGGCUACGCCAGACCACUUGUGGAUAGAAUAGAUGUUGAAAAGCAAUUCAGUAGCAGACUCUAUCGGCCUUCUACAAUUAGCACGGAAUACCGCGAACAUGUGAAGGACUUGUCUUGCGUGUCGAAGGACUUGUGCCGAAUAGUCAUUGUAGACAACAACCCGUUCAGUUUCUUGCUGCAACCGUUGAAUGGAAUCCCGUGCAUUCCAUUUUCGCCCGGACAACCUCACGAUGAUCAGCUCUUGGAAGUAAUCCUCCCGUUGCUGAAGCAGCUCUCGGUGCAAAAGGACGUGCGCCCUGUCCUCUACGAAAGGUUCCGCAUGCCCGAAUGGUUUCAAAAACACGGAAUUCCUUCAUCGGGAUUGACAUAGCACGGAGCUGUUCUUCAUGCGAGAAUCCCGACAAAUGUGAUCAAGUUUAAGUUCAGAUUGUUUGUUGUGCAAAGGGGUGUUGGUAGAGAUAUAUAAUUGGGGAAAUGUGGUUUUUCUAUGUUCUUUUUCCAUGGAAAAUGCUGUGUUGGUUGCUACUCUACUUAAGUUGAUAGAUGCAAUUCAGUUCAGUUAUUUGCCCCCAUUUUUUUGUACAUGAUCGAAAUAGAUAGUACAUGUUGUGUGUUAUAUAAAAGUAUGUGCGGUAUGAA